AAGUUGGAGCCAGAGAAAUGCAUUCCCACGAAAUAGAAGUUUACAGGCCUUCUUCUGCUUUAUUGUUCAUAUUUGCAUACUGUUCAGAUUUCUGCUUUGUUGAUCGAAUUUAAGUUUUCUUAGGAGGGACAUCCCAUUGAGGACAUCAUGAGAUAGAAGAAGAUAACCUACUUUAGUUACCAAAUUUCUAAAAUGGUCACUGCCAUGGGACUUCCAAAGACUGAUGCGUGUAAAAAAGUGAACAUUGACUGGCCUUUGAUAGGUUAUGACAUGCUCCUUCCAUUGCCAACUUAUUUUUCCGUCUGCCAUAGCUUCAAAGCAUUACAAGUGCCAGUGUUGACAUCAAAACCACAAGAGUUUGGAUGCUGUCAACUUGUUGAGGAUGACCAGCUGAGUAUGUGAGCAGUAUUUCCUUGCAAUCCUCAAUGUUACAGUUUUAAUGUAUACCUUUAAAUCUAUAUCAUAUAGUCUAGAAAGACUUGUUUAUGCACUGAUAUUAAUUAGACAUUGAUUAGGAAGUAUUAUUAAGGUCAAGCUGCUAAAUAUAGCCAUUGGGCACAUUUGGUCCAAAUGUGUCAUCUAUUUGUUGUUGAUAAUAGUAUUAUGACGAUAAAUGCUUGAAUCAAGAGUUAUUUCAAAC